GCGCCGGAGAAGAAGCGGCGCAGCAAUGGCGGCGGUGGCGGCGCCGCGGGCCCCUCCGGCCGCGCCGCUGCUCGAGGCGCUCUCGGCGCUCUCGGCGCUGCCCCCGCACCGCGGGGCCCUCCCGGGCAUCGUGCGGGGCCUCCGCGACAGCGCCGGGACCCAGGCCGCCCUCGGGGGUCUCCUCGGUGUCACCAGCGCCCGCCUGGGCUCCAUGAAGACGCGCUUCGAGGGGCUGUGCCUGCUGUCGCUGUUGGUCAGCGAGAGCUGGCCCAGCGAGGCGUUCCAGCAGCACUGCCUGGGCUGGCUGCGCCUGCUGCAGCACCUGCUGCAGUCGCAGGACCCCCCUCCCACGGUGGCCCUGGGCGUGGCCGUGCUGCGGGAGCUGCUGCGCUUCUCGGCGCAGCUGCCGGAGCUGGCGCGGGACAUCGGCACCAACCACAUCCCCGGCAUCCUCACCUCCCUGCUGGCCCUGCGGCCCGAGUGCGAGCUCUCCACGCUGGAGGGGAUCAAGUCCUGCCUGUCCUUCUACCCCGGCGCCUGCGGCUCCAUGAGGGGGAAGCUGGCGGCGCAUUUCCUGUCGCGCAUCGACAGCGAGAGCCCCCGGCUGCAGCAGCUGGCGUGCGAGUGCUACGCGCUGCUGCCGGCGCUGGGCCGCGGUUUCUCGCAGGGGCUGCGGCACACCGAGUGCUGGCAGCAGCAGCUGCAGGGCGUGCUGGCCACGCUGCACGGCCUGCUGGGGGCGCUCUUCGAGGGAUGUGAGACUGAUCCGCUCCCGUACGAGGGUCCCGGGGUGGAGCUGCUGCUGCCCCCGCCCCAGGACGACGCUGGGGGGAUCCUGACCCUGCACUCGAGGUUUUCGGGGCUCUGCCGCCUCCUCAAGCUGCUCCUCAGCUGGUCCAUACUGGUUCUGCAGAGCUGGUUUGGGGAGGGGCCCCUGCGGGGGCUGCUGCUGCCCCAGGUGCACCUGGACGCGCUCGACGUGCUGGGGGCGCUGCUGCUGGCGUGCGGGGCCCGCCUGGUGCGCUGGGGGUCCCUCCUCGGCCGCCUCUUCCCGCAGGUUCUGAGCUCCUGGAGCGGCCCCCGGAACCCCCCCCCGGGCCAGGAGAGACCCUUCGGGGCAGUGCGGAGCCGCCUGUACCAGGUGCUGGAGCUCUGGGUGCAGGUGGCCGGGCCGGCCUCGGGGGUCCUGCAGAGCCCCGGGACCCCCAGCGAGGCUCUGCUGGCUCACCUGGUCAGCGACAUCAGCCCGCCCAGCGACGGGGCCAAGCUGCGGGUGGAGCCCAAACCCAGCGCCCCCAAAAGGCCCAAAUUGGGGGAGGGGCUGGAGGGGCCCCCCCUGCACCGCAAAGGGGAACCCGCGGCCAACAGCGACACCUGCGCCGCCGCCCUGGCAGCCCUGCGCAGGAUCCUCCUCACGGGGGGACCCCUGAUCAAGGAGGAGACGCACAGGCGCCUGCAGGAGCUGGUGGUGCCGCUGGCCCUGCGCCUGCCCCAGCUUUGCCCCCCGGAGCUUUUUGGCCCCUCGGGGUCGCCGUACGGGAGCGCCCGCUGCCGGGGGGGGCUCUACGGUGUCCUGCAGGCGCUGCUGCUGGGGGCCCCGCCCGGCGCCGCGCCGCCGCUGCAGUGCGCGCUGCGGGCGUUCGGCCAGGGCCAGAGGGACCCCGACGUGCAGGUCUCCUCGCAGUGCCGGGAGUCGCUGCUGCUCUGCACCGCCCUGUGCCGCCCCCUGCUGGCCCCGCCUCCCGCCCCUCCCCCCUCCGGCCCCUCCCCCCACCCCCCACCCCUUUCGCGGGGCCGGCGGGGCGGGGCCUGCGGGGGCAGGGGCCUGCGGGGCGGGGCGCGGCGGCGCCCGGUGUUCGUGCACUACGAGCGCGAGGAGAGCUCGGACGUGGAGAUCUCGCUCGAGAGCGACUCGGACGAUUCCGUGGUGAUCGUGCCCAAAAAGGGCCCCGAGCUGCCCGACAGGAUGGGGGGAGGGGUGGCCGCCCUUCCCCCACCGCCGCCCCCGCCCCCGGAGGAUUUAGGGGUCCCGACAGAACAAGACGAGACCACCACCAUGCUGGCCGAUUUCAUCGACUGCCCCCCCGACGACGAGAAAACCCCCGAGGCCCCUCUGUGACCCCCCCAAAUCCGGGGGGAUCCCCCCC